AGUCAUGCUCCAUGUUUACGUGGACUCGGGAGUGUGCACAUGUGUUGCUUGGUCUCAAGGCAUGAAACCAUUUAUUUCGUGUUUUCCACUCUCAGAAAAUAUAUACCAUUUUACUAGUGAGCUACGGUCGACGUGCCUGUCCCGAAAUGGAAGCUGUCAUCUCGAUAAACCCUGGGGCAACCAAAUGGGACAUUCGACAGAAAGUGUGGGAUUAUAUCGAAGCCAAUGACCUGGCCAAUUUCCCAAGGCCUGUCCAUAACAGGAUUCCCAAUUUUAAGGGAGCUGCCCAGGCUUGCAAUCAGCUCAAGGUCCUGCAGGAGUUCAAGUCCAGUAGUGUGGUCAAGGUGAACCCAGACAAGCCUCAGGAGCAGGCACGCUACUGCACCUUGGAAGGUGCUCACGGUGCCUGCAAUAAGGUGUCAGAACUGGAGGUGUUCGGGAAAACAGAGGAAGUCAAAGUGGAUCCUGAUAAACCGCUGGAGGGGGCACGGUUAUUGGUUUUAGAGGCCAAAAAGACGUUGCUGGUCCCUACACCCCGUUUGCGGACUGGGCUCUUCAACAAGAUUGUCCCUCCACAGGGAGCAAGCAAGGAGGACCUGAGGGUGUGCUCCACUUCCCAGGGAGUGAAGGACUUCAGUGUCCCCAUCGGUCUUGAUGCAAAAGUCAAAGUAGAUCUUGUUGUGGUCGGUUCUGUGGCAGUUUCUGAAAAAGGCUACCGCAUUGGAAAGGGUGAAGGUUUUGCAGAUAUGGAGUAUGGCAUGAUGGUGGCCAUGGCAGCUGUGGACGAGUCUACCGUGGUCGUCACUGUAGUUCAUGACUGCCAGGUGGUGGAUAUUCCUGAGGAACUCAUUGAAAGUCAUGACCUCACUGUUGAUUACAUUCUCACACCAACAAGAGUCAUCCAGACAGGAUGCACACGAGCCAAGCCACCGGGCAUCAUUUGGUCCAAGGUAGAUGCGGAGAUGUUGGCCAAGAUCCCCAUUCUGAAAAAGCUCCGGGCUCUGGAGCAGGAGGCUGGCAAAGAUGUCACACUAAAGCCCAGCCCAGAGGGCGAAGGCAAGCCAGAUAAGCCAGACCGGCCCCGCAGGGAACCAGCAAGAGGCCCUCGGCGAAACCCCAUAGGCCAGUCGAGGCAGGCCGGGCGUCGAGGAGAGACCCAGGAGGCGGCGGGGCAUGAUGGGGCAGAGCCCAGGCCGGCCGGCCAGUCCUCUGUCACCACCGUCUACUUGGGGAACAUUCCGGCGGGCGUGCGUGUCAGCGAGCUGAAGGGUGCCCUGAGGGAGCGUGAGGCCGCGCCACUCCGACUCACAUGGCAGGGCGCGCAGCACCGGGCCUUCCUGGACUACGCCAGCCAGCAGGCGGCCGAGGAUGCCCUCGCCGCCCUCCAGGACCUCACCAUACAGGAACACACCUUGCAGCCAGAGAUGGCAAAGAGCCAGAGGGGCGACCGCAGCAGCAGGCCACCUGGCCAGCCGCGCCGGAGGAGGCCCAAGGCUCCAGCAACCACCUCCACAGCAGCAGAAGCAACACCUGACGACCCCGACACUACCACCACAAGCAGCAGCAAGGCCAGACCAGCCAAGCCCAGAAACAGGAGGCCCACCCCCAAGGGGAAGGUGGAAGGUGAAAACCAGCCUCCUCCUUCCCCGUAGUAGUCUAGACGCUGUCCUGCACCGUCAGCAAAAAAAAAAUAGAGAAUGGCCUUACUGUUUUCGUUUUUUUCCUCCAUCUUUGUAUAAUGUUUGCAAGGUUGCUGUGUUGUUUAUGUCUGUUGCUAUUAUUUAUGUACAAGCUUUCAGCGAACAUGGAACUGAUACGUGUGCCGUGGUUGGGAUGCUUGUCUAAAAUGUUUGUGUGUGACGCAGUGUCGGUGAAAAACUUGUUCACCCAGCUGCUGGGAUUAUUUCAGAUUAAUCUUUUAUAUUUUCGAAACUGAUUGACUGUAAAAUCCAUGUCGAUUUCAUAAUACAUAUGAAAAUAAAUUUAACUUCAACUUUU